AUGCUACAAUAUCGUUGGUUUUUUUUUUAUCAAAAUGUGAUACAAGUUUUCUCACUUUUCUCCUUCGCCUCUUUUAGUAAUUUACCAUCAAUAUUGCUUGCUCUCUCCUUUAUUCAGACACCACGUGAUAUAAAUGGACUCGUCAUUAUAAGAGAAAAAAUUUUCUCUUCUCACUGUUUUUUCUUUCUUUUUCUUUUCUUUUUUCAUUUUCUGUCUCUUUCGUUUUCUCUUUCCGCUGUCUUUCACAUCCUUUCUCUCGCUCCCUCUCUCACUUUCCCUCUUUCUCUAUCUUUCAUUUUUUUCCUUUUUCUCUCGAUCCUUUCUAUCUCUCGCCUCUUCCCUACUUUCUUUCUUCCCCUCCCUCCUUCAUUGUCAUUCUCUCCAUCUUUUCUAUCCAUUCUCUCUCUCUCUCUCUCUCUCCGCCUGUCUUUAGUUUCCUCCUCCUCUCCUAUUCUAUAUCGCCUUCCUUCCCUCAAACCGUCAGUACAUACCCCCCUCACGUUCUCUAAUAUUCUUAUCUCUUUCCUUCUCUCACCAUAUCAAAAGAAGAAACAAAAAAGUAUCGGCGAUAAGAAAAGAUCGAUCUAUUUCAAAUUGUUCAUAUCUAUCUAUCUAUGUAUCUAUCCUCAAUUCAUAUCUAUUUGUACAAGCCUUUUUCUAUCUAUCUAUCUAUCUAUCUAUCUAUCUAUCUAUCUAUCUAUCUCAGUCUGUUCCUAUCUAUCUAUUAAAUUCAUAUCUAUCUAUCUAUCUAUCUAUCUAUCUAUAUUCAAUUCAUACCUAUCUCACUUUGUUCCUAUCUAUUUCAAGUUGUUUCUAUCUAUCUAUCCUCAAUUCACAUCUAUUUGUACAAGUCUUUUUCUAUCUAUCUAUCUAUGUGUUUAUAUAAAUGUACCUUUUCUCUUUGUUUCUAUUUCCAUCUGGUCAUAUCUAUCUAUCUAUCUAUCUAUCUAUCUAUCUAUCGAUCUAUCUAUCUAUCUAUCUAUCUGUCUGUCUGUCUGUCUGUGUUCAUAUUGCAUCACAAAAAUUUCUCAUCCAACAGAAAUUUUCUUGUUUUGUCGCCCAGCUCUCAACCAGCAAGGUCGCAAGGCGUUGACCGAGUUCAAUCUCCUCGGAAUAUUUUUAAAACUCCAUGUAAUUUUUAACACAUCUAAUUAUCUAUCUCAUUCUGUUCUUAUCUAUCUAUCUAUCUAUCUAUCUAUCUAUCUAUCUAUCUAUCUAUCUCAUUCUGUUUCUGUCAAUUUACCUUUCUAUCUAUCUAUCUAUCUAUCUAUCUAUCUAUCUAUCUAUCUAUCUAUCUAUCUAUCUCAUUCUGUUUCUGUCAAUCUACCUUUCUAUCCAUCUACCUAUAUAUCUAUCUCAUUCUGUUCUUAUCUAUCUAUCUAUCUGUCUAUCUAUCUCAUUCUGUUUCUGUCAAUUUACCUUUCUAUCCAUUUAUCUAUCUAUCUAUCUAUCUAUCUCAUUCUGUUUGUCAAUCUACCUUUCUAUCCAUCUACCUAUAUAUCUAUCUCAUUCUGUUCUCAUCUAUCUAUCUAUCUAUCUAUCUAUCUAUCUAUCUAUCUAUCUAUCUAUCUAUCUAUCUCAUUCUGUUCCUAUCUAUCUAUCUAUCUAUCUCAUUCUGUUCCUGUCAAUCUAUCUUUCUAUCUAUCUACCUAUAUAUCUAUCUCAUUCUAUUCUUAUCUAUCUAUCUAUCGAUCUAUCUAA